CUAGUUGUAAGCAGAAGUUUAGUUGCGUAGUAAACCUUACCUUGUAUAGUAACAGACUGGGUAGGCCAGUGCUUACAUUUAAGCAGUAUUUGAGUUAGUGCUAGGUCUGUUUGAUCAACAUUCUGGGUCUUUGUGCCUGAAACUCAGCAAAUCGUUUAUUUGCUUCAGGUGCUGCAUUUGUGGUUGUGCAAUCCUAACACAGUCUGUUGUCACAUCCCAGCAGCAGAGAGGACAGCAUGAUAAUGCAGCGCCUUCUCGCUCGUGGUACACUGCGUUGGUUGGCAGCAUCACGCCACUUCCUGCUUGGCGGCCCCGCGCAUCAGACACCAGCAGCACCUUGUUGCUGUGUCCUCCGCCUGUCACUGCCCCCCCCCACAGGCCGCUGCUGGCUGUCCACCUCAGCCACCAGCCAUGCAGCACAUCAGCCCAAACACCAAGAGGAGCCCCAGGCCAGCUCCACCCCUCAGACACAGGAAGCUGCUCCUGAGGCUGUGGACCUGGACCCCCUGCAGGACAAGUCCAUUGGUCUGGUGCAGAGGUUUAAGAAGACUUUCAAACAGUACGGGAAGGUGAUGAUCCCUGUGCAUCUCCUCACCUCCUCCGUCUGGUUUGGAACCUUCUAUUACGCUGCUAUGAAAGGUGUGAAUGUAGUGCCCUUCCUGGAGAUUAUCGGUCUACCAGAGACAAUAGUUUGCCUUUUAAGAGACUCUACAAGUGGAUAUGCUCUGACUGCAUAUGCCAUGUACAAGAUUGCAACCCCUGCUAGAUAUACAAUGACUCUUGGUGGCACGUCACUAUCUGUUCAGUAUCUCCGCAAGCAUGGCUAUUUAACCACACCACCGCCAGUUAAAGACUACAUCCAGGACAAAAUGGAGGAGACAAAGGACAAACUGUCGGAAAAAAUGGAGGAGACAAAAGAGAGAUUUUCUGAGAAAAUGGAGGAAACAAAAGAGCGUUUCUCUGAGAAAAUGGAAGAGACCAAGGACAAGUUUUCUGAGAAACUGCAGGAAACCAAAGACAGAGUUUCGGACAGAAAAACGUUUUUUAGAAAGAAAAACGAUUAGUGUUUCCCAUAUACAGAUUGCACCUUUUUAAAUAUAUUAUCAAUUUUUGAUUUCAACAGUAAUCAGUGAGUUUAGGGCAAGUAACAGAAGGCAUUAAUGACUGCUCGGAGAGAGGAGAGAGACUUGUACUAUCCUGUCCUUACAUUUCGCCUCACACAUCUCAGUUAUCAGCUGGUGUCUCUUCAGAUGUCCUAUUCAGUCCCUAGCAAUCCAGACUCUGGGCCCUGAGUCUGGAAUGCAGACUCCCUGCAGAGCUACAUUCUGGAUCAGUCCUCUCAGAAUGGAUUCGCUCAGGUGAUCUGCAAUGUAAAACAAAGAUAAGCUAAGUUCUCUUUAAAUAAAUUCAGGAAGACAAAAAGAGCUCUGUGCUUACAUUGAACAAAAAUAACAGUCUUGUCAGUGUAAACAGAAUUCAAAAUGAAAGAUCAUUGCUAAUAGCUCUGUUUGGAAAAUACAAAUAAUGCAGGCUCAUGAUUACUUGUGUGUACUAGUUCAUCAAAGCCUUCCUGGUGUCUUUUUCUAAUGUAAUUAGAAAGAAAUUACGUUUUUCUAAUGUAUUUUUAUCCCAUAGUCCUAGCUAAUAUAUUAUAUAAUUUAGGUGUCUGUCACUUCAAGUGUCGACUGAAAGUUGUGUAUGAACUGAGAGCCGCUCCUCCAAAAGAAAAGGUCACGGCACAUGUCAUAUCUGUCAUACAUGUCCACAUGCAGUGGGAACAGCAGCACACUGUAAGACGUGGGCAGAGGUGUUGUCCGUGUGCCAUGAGAUGUCUUGGGUACGUCUGUAUUAAUGCAUACAUGUUCUUGUCAGCAGUUCAAACUAAAGUCUGGUUAAAAUCACAACUGAAUAAAGUGAAAUGAAAAUCA